UCGGUGGUCCGCCCUGCUCGUGGGGGCGGCGGCCUUCCUGCUGGGGGGCCGCUCCGACCCCUCCUCACACUCCAUGCGCUUCUUCCGCACGGGGGUGUCAGACCCCAGCGAGGGGCUGCCCCCGUUCACGGUCGUGGGGUACCUGGAUGACCAGCCCUUCCUGUACUAUGACUGGCGCACCCGCAAGGACCAGCCCAAGUGCUCCUGGAUCAGGAAGGUGGAGAAGGACGACCCCGACUACUGGGAGCGGAACACGCAGAUCUCGUGGAACACCGAGCAGGUCUUCAAGGUCCGCCUGGUGAAUGUGCCCAAGUACUACAACCAGAGCGGGGGGCUCCACACCUGGCAGGAGAUGUAUGGCUGCGAGCUGCGGGCGGACGGCAGCACGGUGGCCCUCGACGAGUAUGCCUAUGAUGGGAAGACCUACCUCAGCUUCGACAAGGAGACCCUCACCUGGACAGCGGCCGAUGCUGCAGCCCAGGUGACCAAGAGGAAGCUGGAGGCCGAGCCGGCCAUCGCCCAGCGGAACAAGGCCUACCUGGAGGGCUUCUGCGUGGAGACGCUGCAGAGGCUGGUGGGCUAUGCAGAGGGGGCCCUGCAGAGGAAAGAGCCACCUGUGGUGAAAGUGACACAUGAGCAGGGCCGCGACGGCACAGAGACGCUCACUUGCCGGGCGUUCGGCUUCUACCCCAAGGAGAUCGACAUCGUCUGGACCAAGGACGGGGAGGUCUGGCUGCAGGACACCUUUAGCGGCGUGGUGGCCCCCAACUCGGAUGGGACGUACCAUGCCUGGGCCAGCGUCAGGCUCGACCCGCAGGACCGGGACCGCUACCGGUGCCGCGUGGGCCACGACAGCCUGUUGGGUCCGCUGGGCUUCGCCUGGGAGGAGCCUGAUGCAUCGAACAUGGGGCUCAUUACCAGCUGCAUUGUGGGAGGUGUCCUGCUGCUGCUGCUGCUGCUGGGGGGUGCGGCCGCUGGGCUCUGUUGGCAUGGGACUGGUCGGGUUGGCCCCAGAGGAGCAUCACGUGAGUCUUUGCAUGGUUGCUCAGUGCAGCGUGGGCUGCAGUGGGAGGCUGAGAGUGUGUGAGUGUAUGUGCAUCUCCAGUGCACCACACUUUCCCCAAGCAAGGAGGUGUGUGUCCUAGUUUGGUAUCCACCUUGUCGCUCCUCUGGAUCCCCAGGAGAAGCAUGUGUUCCAAGAAGGAAAUGGCCGAUAAUGAGCCGGGUGGACAGACAGGCUCCACUUUGCUUGCCUCCUUUAAUGGGGGGCCAUGAGCCUUUGGUCUAACCAGCCCCAGUCUUCCUUGGUUAUUAUACUCCUAUAAUGAAGUAGUCCUGACAAAUAGAUGGGGAAGAAAUGGAGGUAGUGACAGAUUUUAUUUUUCUGGGCUCCAAGAUCACUGCAGACAGGG